GGUGUCCAGAGCUGCUCUGAAUUUCUUCGAGAUCAUUGCAGUUGCUUUGCAUGUUGACAUCGUUCUCUACCUCCCUACCUCUUCACAAUGGCCGCCGUCGUCUGCCCCCUCCCUAAUAACUCAUCUGCUGCAAUAGUCAGCCGCCCUCAUCCUCCCCCCACUCCUCUGCCUGUCGAAGGCCUCCGCCUCCCACUCCCCCCCGAGAUUUUCCUCUUUGCACUCCAGUCUCUCUCUGCCCCCGACCUCGCUACCUGCCUCCGCGUCAACUCGGGCUUCGCCCACCUCUCCCUUCCCCUGCUGUAUGAGCACGUCCGGCUGAGCGAACACGGCGCGUGGCCGGUGUACGACGACCGCGCCGUGCCGGGCCCGCUGACGCGCGAGCGCCCGUACUUUCUCGCCCGCGGCCCCCUCGUACAGCGCACCCGCCGCGUCGACCUCUACCCGCACUCGACCGAACGAUGUCGCCGCCUCCCCGGCGGGUGGGGACACACGCUGCCGCCUCUCCCGAAACUCCAAGUUCUCCGCAUCUUUCUCGGCACAUUUUGGAGCGGGCGGCGCAUCUACCACACCAACGUGGAUCCGCACGACGCCGCCGCGCGGCCCGGCACCCUCUGCGCUGCCCUUUACCUCGUACACGCGCCGACGCUCGUCGUGCGCGGCCUCACCUUCUCGCACUCUACAGUGCCGCGGCACGAGCUUAGCCGCACCCUCGAAGACAGCGUGCGGCACUACAUCGCCGUAUUUGAGCCCGACGCGCCCUUCAUCCUCCCGCGCAACGGGCUCGCCGCCGCCCGCGCCGCCGCCACGCACUUUCGCCAACGCCUCCCCGCGUACCUCUCGCACCUCACGCUCGUGUUCCACCUCCCGCGCGGUAACUGGCGCCACGGCGCGGUCACGCUUUCGUGGGCGCUCGUGCACGCCUUCGCGUCCGCGCUGUGGGCCCAGGUGGUCGCGUGGGCCUGCCGCGGCGGCGGCGGCGGGCGGCUCACGAUCGUGAAUGCCGGCGCAUUGGCCGCGGGUGACGGAGAGGAGGCGCCCUCCGCGGGCGCGUGUGCGGCACUGCAGGCGGCUGUGCGGCGUGAGUUCGUCGCUGCCAUCUCCGAACGAAUGGGGGAUCAGGCGCCGCGCGUGCUGGACAACAUCGAAUUCUUGACAAUGAACGAGUAUCUCGCCACGGCCGAAGCUGCCGACGUGUUCGACGCGGGUGAGGUGGCAUGAAACGUGGAUGGCACCGAGCGGGGUGAAGCGGUGCGCGAGCCUCAGGAUCGUUGCCGUUCCGCACUGCCACCGCCACGUCUCAUAUCGC